CCCUCCCCCGUACGCCCCGCCCCGCGCGGAGCCGCCCGCUCGCUGCGGCGCCCAGCUCGGGGAGGCCACCGGGCUGCCUGGCCGCGCUGCCUGCCGCCGCUCCGCCAUGUGGCUGCUGCCCGCUCUGGUGCUCCUCAGCGCCGUGGGCGCCGGAUCUGCCCAGUUGGCAUUUAGUGUGACAGAUGUUGUUGAAAGAAGUGACUGUAAUAAAACUGUCAUUUUACCUUGCUAUGUGACUAAUCUAAAGGAGAACAAUGCAAAUGUCAUGUUUGUUACGUGGAAAAAAGAAGGAAAAACGAUUUUUUCUUUUGAUGGAGCAAGAGCGGAGUUUUUCAGAGACCCAACAGUUCCAUCAGCUAACUUACGAUCUCAGACGGAUUUACCCAAGGGUGAUGCCUCUCUAGAGCUUAAUAGUGCAGACGCAGAAGUUGGAAAUUACAGUUGUGAAGUAACAGAAUCAAACAGAGAAGGAGAAACAAGGGUUGAACUUAGAAGCCACUCAGUUGUCAGUUGCGGCGAGGAAAGUACUCCAACACCAGAGGAAAAAUGUGGAUCAUGGUUUCUUCUAGUGGAAAGGGCUAUCAUCAUAGCGUUGCUGUUCUUAGUUAUUAUUUUGUGUUCGGCUCAGUUAAGUGUUGUUGCAUUAAAAUAUGACAUGGUACUUCAGAAGAAAAUGGGCAUUAUUGUAGCAGGUAUCAUCUUCACAGUUGCUGCUGUUGUAGGCACUGUUCUUUUUGUCCAAGAUGGGUAUACUGCACAGAAUCAAGCUGGUCUUGGCCUAAUUGUAGUCCCUGCUCUGAUUUUGGUACCGCUUCAAUACUUUAUGUUUGGGAUUGUUUUUGAUAGUCUACCACAAACAACAUUUGCUCUGAUAGGUUUGCAAAUUCUUGGUUAUAUAAUUGCUGUGGUUGGUUUUGCACUGUGUGUCUCAGCCUGCCCUCCCUUACAUGGGUCUGUUGUGAUUGCUGGCUUAGCUAUUAUGGCCAUUGCGACUUUGCUUAGUCUGGCUUACGUGUUUAUUAUGGGUUCCAGAAUGAAAGAUCAUCCUCGUCCAGGGAAAGCUGUAGAAGAACCACUAAAUGAUGCAAAAGGAGUGAUGUUAGAAUGAUGAUCUGCAGAGCUAUGUGAUGUGUGAAAAGUACACCGUUGUUGAUACACCGUGGCCUUGAAGAUGCACUACUCAACGAGAAGAAAUUCAGGAAACUAGUUGUUUUGCAUGUGUGGCAAAAGUGCUUUUGAUAUAAAUGAUGUAAUUUUAUAGUCAGAGCAGCUGUAGCAAGGAACAUGUGUGUUUGCCCACAUGUGAUCUUUAUUUUCUUUUGUUAUGGUAUAUAUGGGAUGGUUGAGGGUGAGAAUAUAAAAAGCACUGUUUGCCCACUACAGGGUCUCCCUGCAGUAAUCCUUAGUGGUAUUAUUUUCAAAAACUAUCGUUUGUCACUGCUUUCAUAAUGGGCCUGCUCAGCCCAAAGAUUGCAAUACCAUUUAGACUAUUGUUUUCUUUUAUUUGUGUGCAUGGGCAAGGUAUGGUCAUGUGUCUACGAUACAAGCAGGAAGUAGAGAUUGUACAAAUACAUCUUUUUUGACAUUCAGCAAAACUUUUUUUAAAAAAAUAAAAUGCUGAAACACAAAGUUGCAUAAGUACAAAGUUUACUCCUAGCUCUCCUUAAGUUUUUAUCCAAGUUCUCCUAAUUCCAUGAAACAGUAGUAUUCCUCUCUGUGGACAGCAGUCAUGUAUGCUCUGGUGGCUGCUAUUUUAGUCCAGUGAGAGAGCUCUCCGUGCCUCUUCUGUGUUCUUUGAUGAGAAACUGCUCAGCUGUUGGAGCCUAAUUCAGCACUGGAAUUAUGGAGCACAGCAGCUAGUAAUUUUCAUGCUGAAUGUGGUUCUUGUGCGUGUUCAUGUUGUGCAGUGUGUGGUACUGGAAGCAAUUUCAGGCUUUCUUAACUCAGUGAAUUUGUAAAAGUCAUGGAUGCUUCAUGAAAAUAGGAGUUGCCCUAUUUAGUGUAUUUUUGACAGAGUUUUAAAAUCUCUUUUCUUGAACGGAAAAAGGAGCUAUUUCAUUUCUGACCCGUUUGUGAUGCUGCCGUUACGUUACAAAUACAUAAAAUAGAAAGUAAGUAGAGGCUGAUGAGAAGUGAGGAGGUUCAGUUUCUGUAUAUAUGUUAAGUGGAAUGGUUAAAUAAGUUUACUAGAACUUGCACAUUCCAUGAGAUUUUACCGCCUUUUACAAUUGUUUGGGGAGUUGUUCCAAUAUAGUUGGCUUCUUUUGGACUUCAUGUAUACUUUGUAGAAAUCUUGACACUGUCUCCUCUUUGUACUAAGGUGAUAUAUUUCAAAGCUACACGUGGUUUUCUCCUCCUAACAAUUUAAAACUGUGUUUGGAAAGCUGUUGCCAAAAGGUACUGUAAUAAUAUCCAUGUUUUUAAAGAUUGAGUAAUUUGGCACGUCUCGGAGUUGGAUGUCAUAAGCAAAGGUUUGUGUCUGUGUUACGAGUAUGUGUUGCAGAGGUUCAGGUCUCUGCAUGUUGAGCUCCAAAUCUCGAUGCAGACACCUUGCAUCAAGAAUUCAACAAAAUAAAAUUGAGGUAUCUGAUUUUACAGCAUUUACUCUUACAAACAGUCCUUUUGCUAGGGCUGCAGGAUUGAACCACUUAAAGGAACCCAUGGGCCAGCCCCUCGCUAAGACCAGUGGAACUGGCCACAGUGAAAAUGAUUAUUCAUGUGAUAAAGCAUUUUAAGAAGCACGUAUGGCUUACGCUACUUUCAUACCUUCGAGUUUGUCAGUGGGAGUAUUCAUAUAAGAUUUGAGCCCCAAUAUAUGAAUCUUCUGAUACAGGUUUUUCCCAUGAUUACAGCAAUCUCUGCCUCAAGGUGGGAGGUUAACUCCCCAUUAGCAAUUCAGUGUAAGAAUUCAGAGCUCCCGAUUUAUAACUGGUGGUGCCCUCUGGCAAGUUGAAAGUUGAGCAGCUGAGGAAUAAAACCCAAGCCAACUGGAAUUGUGUUGAGGUGUUCUGCCUUAUAAAAACCGUUACGUAUAAUAGCUUUAUGUUAAGUUCUGUAAAGCAAACUGCAGUAGAACCCGUCUGUGUUACUGUGGGACGAGAGCGAGCUGUUACGAGCCAUUGUGGAAGCGUGAGGAGCUCAGUGGCCAUGUACAGGCUGCAGAAUCAGUUGCCUCAGAAAUGAGAGAAACCCACCAUCCUGUUGUUAAGGGCUCGGCUCUGGGCUUCUUGUAGGCACAAAUUUAAAAGCGAGCAUUUGAAGUCAUUGAUACACCCAGCCCUUUCCCACUAGUAAUUUAAAACCAAAGUUGUUCAUAACUGUGUGCUUCCAUUUGUGUGUGUACGUGUGUAUAUAUAAAUAUAUAGACAUUUUAAAUAUCUGUAGAUCUAUAGUCUUUACCCAAGAAAAUGUUUUUAUUUAUGAAACAAUUUUGUAAAUAUUGUGCUAAUAUACUUAAAAAAUAAAGUAAUUUUAAGUUGUU